ACACUAGGAGAACCAGCUGUGACAGCUAGAGUUUUCCUCUCUCUUUUUCAUAACUGUUGAUUGGAUAAUUAAAUUGUCCUGUUUUUUCUUUUAUUAGGAGCAUAGCUCAAACCAUGUAUUUUUUUCUCUCUUCUUAGAGAAGAAGGUCAAAUAUUGGCAUACAUCAGCCCGUUAGUACAGUAGGAGGCUCAACAUGUAGGCCUGGCCCAUCACAAACGGGCUGUGAGAAAAUUGAUGCUAACCAGCAACCGACCUAACACAGCCCAAGAAAACAGGAACCGACCUGCCGCUCGCACACUAUAAAACCACAUCGACCGAUCGGAGCGAGUGCCAGCUCGGUCAGACGAUCAGCGACAUGCUCGCUCGUCGUUAACGCCCACCACAAUUCCGCAUCUCGAUGCCGUCGUCACCGCCGGCGGCGGCACCACGAAGCCGUCGAUAUUCCAAGAGAAGAGCACGGACGUUCCACGUCACGGUGUUCAAGUACACGCCCGUGCCGCUGCCGGAGAGGGACUGGGCGGAGCUGCACCCGGACCUGAUCUCGCGCAUCUUCCGCAGGCUGGACCAGGCCGAGCUCCUGCUCGGCGGCGUGACGGGCGUGUGCCGCUCCUGGCGGCGCGUCGCCCGGGAGGAGCCGGCGCUGUGGCGCCGCAUCGACCUGAGCGGCGGCCUGUGGUACGCCCCGGGGUCCUACCCACCCAUGUUCAACCUGGAGACGAGGUCCAUGGUGCGGAAGGCCCUGCGGCUGAGCGCGGGGCAGUGCGAGGCCCUCGUGUGCGAGCACGUCGACGACGACACACUCCUCUUUCUCGCCGAGCGGGCCCACUCGUUGAAAAGCCUUCAUCUCGUUGUGACCCAUAUCUCUGACAAAGGAUUUGCAAAGGCAAUCAAGAUGUUGCCUCUUCUCGAGGAGCUCGAAAUUACGCUGCUUUCAAAAACGUAUACAUUGAAGCUGGUUGAAAUUGCUGCUAGAGCCUGCCCACUAUUGAAGCACUUCAGACUUGUCACAGGAAGGUACUACGCAAAUGGUAACAAGGUAGCAUUUGCGGUUGCCAGGAUGCGUAAGCUACGUUCCUUGCAUCUUGUCGGUUUUGUCCUCGACAAAGAAGGGCUAACAGCCAUCCUUAACAACUGCCAUGAUCUAAAGUACCUAAACAUGCGAGAUUGUGGCUCUCCUAUGGAUUACAACCUACGAGCGAGGUUUUCCCGGAUAACCUUUGAUGACCACGAGUACUGGAGUGACUAUUACAAUGACACUCAUUAUGCGUAUUACCGCUCCAAGCCUACUCUAUGUGAUUGUUGUGAUUACGUGCCCUCUUCAAAAUACGACGAUGAUGACUAUGAGGCUUAUCACUACAAUCUUGGCGAUGGUGAUGGUGAUGACGUUGACGAUGCAGAUCUCGACAAGCACGAGAAGAUACUUGACAUCAAGAGCAUGCGUAGGUACCUAAGUAGAUGAAACGAUAUAGAUGUGUAAUGUCUUGCUGAAACUGACCCCUUAUGGAAUGCGUGCACACUCACACGAUGGUGGUUAAAGUUCUGUUGCUUUAGUUCCGUCCCAUGGGACUUGCGCAU